AGGCCAUCAAUCUACUGUUUGAGUCAGGCCAACCAAAGACGAGGUCAGAACACGCUGUCAUCAUGCCUGUGCGACCGGAAUUUGAGGUGACGCCUCCUCCUAGUGACCCGGUAUCAGCACUCGCGUUUCAUCCAGGGCCUUCCACUUCCGACAAGGUACAGCAGCUGCUGAUCGCGUCGUGGGACAAAACUGUGCGCUUGGUGGAUCUAUCGGAAAAGGCGCUGCAGGGCUCACAAGUGACGCCAACCCUGCAAACUUUCUACCAUGACGCGGCCGUGCUAGAUGUUUGCUGGCUCUCUGACACUCUCGCUGCGUCCGGAGGGCUGGAUCGGCGAGUGCGACUGCUCAACCUCGAGACGGGGCAGGUUAACAUCAUUGGAAAACACAAUGCCCCCGUAUGCAGGCUUCGGUUUAGCCCACGGACUGGGUUGCUAAUCAGCGGAAGCUGGGACAAGACGAUAGGCAUUUGGGACCCUCUCGCCGAGCACCCCACCUUGCUACGGAAGAUCAAUGUUCCGGACAAGGUGCUCGCACUGGACGUCUCCCCACCAUGGCCCAACGUAUCUGAGGUGCAGAUGGUAGAUACCACACCGCGGCUCAUUGUCGCAAUGGCUGGCAGGACUCUAGCGGUGUUCAACCUGGACAAGCUUGGCGAGGCACUCCGGAACGCAAAGGCGGGCGGGACAGAUUUGGGGGAUGAUGAUGUGGGUAUACAGCCAGAGUACACCAGAGAAUCCAGCUUGAAGUUCAUGCUCCGGGACGUCAAGUGCAUGCCAAACGGAGAUGGAUUCGCUUGUUCCUCAGUCGAGGGGCGAGUAGCUGUCGAGUUCUUUGACAAUAGCGACGCCGGCGCUGCCCGGAAAUAUGCAUUCAAAUGCCACCGACGAGCUGUUGACAGCAUUGACACUGUUUACCCGGUCAAUUGCCUGACUUUCCACCCAAUCCACGGAACCUUUGCAUCGCUUGGUGGGGACGCAAUGUGCUGCAUCUGGGAUGCAGUUGCCAAGAAGCGUAUCAUCCAAUACGCGCGCCUGCCCUCACCCCUCUCCACUGGUGCGUGCAGCGCCGACGGGCAGCUGCUGGCCAUCGCCAGCGGAGCAGAGAAUAUUGAGGAUGCACGACACCCAGGGCCUGGCGCAGGUGAAGUAGGCGACAUUGGGCCGGGAGGGGAGGGUAAUGUCAGGAUCCAUAUCAAGAGCGUCUUCGAGGAUUGCAGGCCGAAGGUAAAGGCCAGCUGACCGGUGAUGGAAGUGUCGCGAUUGCAGCGCACGGGCAGUAUCACCAUGGCCUAUAAAGUAUGGGCAUUGCAUUCCGCAAACAGAAUCGAGUACACAGAAUGUGAAGAUGCUGGAUUCAUGAAAGGAGUGAACAAAACGCAAGGGCAGCAGAGCUUGGGCGAAGCCGUUGCGGCGAUGGGAUGUGAGACCCGAGGAAGCGCUUAGGCAGUGGCCGCUUGCUAAGCGACAUGUUUCUCGUCCGCGGUGCUGAUGUGGAGCAUCGAGG